AUGGAAUGGUUUGUGAAGGGCUUUGGUAAACAAGUCCGCAGGUUGGUCGACAGAAGGAACAAAGCAAACUUGAUGACUUCCAAGAGCAACCUUUUCACGAACAAAGUGAUUGUCCAAUUCAAAGUGACGUGUGUGGGCAUGGAAAACUGGAUUGGUAGCCAUGUACGUGGUGCUGAGAUUGUCAUAAAAGAGUUGGAUCAGGAACCGAAGACGCACACCCAAUUCAUGAAGAAGGAAGCAGAGCCAAGUGGUUUCGGCACAAGCAUGAGAGAGGGCAGGAUAUUCUGA